CACCCCGCCUGCACAUAUCUUAGAGCGCCGGGCUAUUGCUUCGUUGUGCUAGCUCCAAUAUUUGUAAUAUCUCAUUCAAUUUUGCAAUUGGCUGUUUCGAUUUACCUUCACCAUACAAUUUCUCGCGUCGUCAGAUUUGGACGGUACAAGAAACUGAGAUUUCUCAUGCAAUAAACUUGUUAUUAUUGUUAGAAAACCUGAAAAUUUACACGAAAUGACGACACCUGGAGCUGGAGGAAUAGGUGCUACGGGAGCAGGAGGAGCAGGGCAAGAUGGGAAUUGGAGAGCAACUCAAUUUAGAUCAAAAGUCGUUGGACAAAUCAAUGAUGCUCUACGAGAUGCCUGCAACCCUAUUGAGAAAUCAGGUAGUGAGCUGGAGGAACAUAUCUUCAACCGGGCCAGGGAUAGGGACAGUUAUCUGAGUCUUGUAGCCCGUCUUAUUCUCCAUAUGAGAGAUAGUAAUGCUGCUAAAGAGAAGGGUUUGCCUGGUAGAAUGACUCCAAACAUGGCUGGCCAGCAACAAGAUCCUAUGGUAGCCCUGCAGGGACUAACACAAAUGGGCCAGUCCCAGAGUCCAGGACCUGGUCUACAGAUGCAGCCUAACCCCAAUCAGAUGGUUCCUGGUGUUGGUAACCAAGGCAAUAGGCCUAUGAUGAGGAAUCAGAUGGGCCAACCUCAAGGUGGCAAUCUGAUGGACCAGCGUCAGCAGCAGCAGCUUCAGAACCUUCAGAAGAUCAUGAGCACCCCUAGCCAGCCUGGUGGUAUGACUCCUGGUUCUGGGAUGCAUCAGGUAGUGUCACAAGCAGGUCCAAACCCAUCACAACAACAGUCUCAAAUGCCCCACUACCAGGGUGAUGGAGGAAUGCAACAAGGUGGGUUUGCUGGUCCAGCAGGAGGAGGCGGGAACAUGACCCCCCAGCCCCAGACCGGUAUCAUGUCUGUAGGUCCUCAGGGUGGUCCAAACCAAAUGCAUGGUAUGCAGCAAGGCCAGAUGGGCAUGCCUCCAAACAACAUGAUGUCACAGCAGAUGAACCAGAUGGUAAGACCGCAACAGAACUUUCAGAGCCCUAUGGUGAUGCAGGCCCAAAAGCCCCAGGCCCCGAUACCGCCCCGGUCUCAAGUACCCCGCUCCUACCCAGUCCAGUCCACCCCACCCAUACAGUCUAGGCCACCCAUGUCUCCUUAUGGUGGCUAUCCCUACAUGAUGUCCCCUCAGUCUGUUGUGACAGAUUCCCCAGUGUAUAGACAGCAACCAUCACCAGCUCAGCAAACACAGCAAGGAUCAGCUCCAGGAUCUAACCCCAUGCAUUCACCAGCCAGCUAUUUACAACCAUCACCCUCCCCUCAGGGUCUCUCUAUCCCCUCUCCAGCUAGUGCAGGAUCCCAGAGAGGAGGCCCUCCCAGUGUACCUUCACCAAGCAGCACACUCAAUACCCCAGGCAACCCAUCAUCAGUAGGGAGUGUGAACCCAAGCCCCGGGGGAGGGAUGAGAGGUGGACCUGGGUCUAACCAAGGUCAAGCAGAACUGAUUGCCUACCAGGAGAAGAUGAGAUACCUCUCAAAGUACAUUGAACCCUUGAAGAAAACCAUCAUGGCUAACACCAACAGAGAGGACUCUGGUGGUCUCAGUGCUACUGAUGUAAAUAAGAUGAAGGGUCUAUUAGAAAUCAUAGCUAACCCAAACCCAAACAAGAGACUCACACUCCAACAACUCAACAAAUGUGAACAGUACCUUGAAGGAUUUGAACAGGUGAGAAAUCAACUUGCAACCGCCAGCUCAUCUUCCACUGCAAUGACAUCAACAAAAGCUACAACAGCCAGCACGGCAUCAACAUUGGAAACAAGGAUAAUGGGGAAGACGAACAUGUUUCAGCCUCUCUUGGAUGCAGUGAAGGCUAAUAUUGAUUCUCCUUAUAUCAACCAUACCCUACAGAGGACAUUUGGUCCUGCACUGACAACACUGCAAGGGACCCCAUCACACUUCCCAUCUCCACCUGCCAAGAAGCUGAAGACAGAACACGAGCGUAGCCCAACAACACAGACUGCUAUUCCUAACAUCAUCCAAGGAGAGGUGGCCCGUCUUGCCCCUAAGUUCCGAGUGAACCUUGACCCCAUGUUCCACACUAGUAGUAAAGAUGUCCAUCUCAUCUGCAGAUUAGAUGACAAGCACCUCCCUAGUGUUCCGCCAAUCAAUGUUGCCAUACCAGAACAGUAUCCAGAACUUAGUCCUAAUUAUGAUGUCUCUCAACAAGAAUACAAUCAAACACCGUUCCUGAAGCUGGUCCAGACCGCCCUUCAGCACCAGGUGAUGCGCAUGCCUGACCGUUACACCCUGACACAGAUCCUUGAUGCAUGGGAGAUGAGUGUCAGGAAGUCUUGCCUCAAGAUGAUUGCUGCAAGAGAUGCAACAUGAACAGACUUCCUCAAGAUUAACAGGAUAAAGAUUUGAAGGUAUUGUGGACAGACAUCUUGGAGAUGUGCAGGAUAAAGUUUUGAAGGUAUUGUGGACAGACAUCUUGGAGGUGUGCAGGAUAAAGGUUUAAUAGACUGGAAUGGAGUGGACAAGCAGAUAGGACAUUAUCAAAAUGAACAGGAUAAAAAGUGUAAUGGACAGGACAGUCUUGAUAAUGAGCAUAGAAGAAAACUUGGAGAUAUACACGGGAUAAAGGUUUGAAGGUAUUGUAUCUUGGAUAUGUGCAGGAUAAACGUUAAUGGUUUGAAAGGUCUUGUGGACAUGCAGAUAUACCAGCUUGAAGAUUUACGGGAAACAGGUUUGAUGGACUUGAAAGACUUGGUGAAUUGGAUAUGGGAAAAGUAAAGUAAAUGCUGAUUGAUGAAUGUAUUUAUUUGAUAUGGACAGGUUGCAAUGUCUUUUAAAGCUGAUUUAAGAUCCUUGUAGUCAGUCCUGCCUAUAGGUAUUGAUACAAAAGUUGCAACACUAGCAGAUUGUUCAAGAAAAUGUAUGAUGGAGUAGAUAUGUUGAGCAGAAUGGUCAAUAUACAUGUCCAGCAUAGUAAUGAAGGGAAUGUUUGGAAGUAGUUGUCUUGAUUGAUAAGGGAUGAAGAUUUUUUUAAGUUGUUACCAGAUGAGCACUUGGUAGAAGAGCAAUUACUGCAGGAGUUGCAGCAUGGACACUAGGCAAGGGACUUCUAAAAUGUAGUUUCAACUGGACAUUUUUGGUGAUGGUCAAAUCAGUGCCUUUCUUGCCUGAGAAUCAACAGGAUCUCAGUUUGGAGAAUCUGUUGAGGUAAGGUAUUUUUACAGAGGAAGCCAUCGGAGUUAAUUUGUGUUUGCAAGGAUGUAUUCAUAAGAAAGUCAUGCCUUGAGGUCAUUGUGCCAAAGUGGCAUGAAGCCACAGGAUUAAGUUUGUUUUAUUUAUUCAUUCUAGGAUUAUCGUCUGCUGAAAUAUUUAAGAUCUUGUGAUAUUAACAAUUUAAAAAGCCAAGAACGAGCAAAUAUUUGUAGCAUGUUUUAAAUAUGCAAUGAUCUGGUCAAUUUAUGAAUUACAUGUUAUGAAACAGGUGAACACAGUAAGAUGAUGAAAGACGAAUCAUGAGAAGAAAGUACAAUUUUGGCGUAAACAUGACAAAGGUCAGAAAACUUGGAGUAUCUGUUAUUGGGAAUACAGGCCUUUCUUGUAUCUUUUGCUACAUUAUAUACAUAUGUAAAGACUUCUCCCAUUUCUGCUCCAAUGGCAUGCUUUUAUCAGCCAAAAUGGAUACCACAGCCGGUGAAGUUUAUUCACAACCAAUCAAAUUGGAACGAUUUCAGUAGCUUUAAAUUGUUAUUGCUAUUUUUUUAAAUUAUACUCUUAGAGUAUUCAUUAUUUCAGAGGCUGCCUUAGACCCUUGAGGCACCUUGAACUUGAACAGAAAGCUUUUAAAGAAUACAUACAAAAUUCUGUCAAAAUUAAAGACUAGUAUUCUGAAUGAUCAUGGGGCGUUCCAAUGUGAAUCCUCCCACCUAUCUUAAGUUUACUAUCAUUUUUUCGUAAGUGCAUCAUCUGUGUUUUUUAUAAAUAAUUUGAUAUUCUCUGGAUAUACCCACGCAGACACUGCUUCGCCAUGUACAUUCUUUUGGUACGCAAGAUAAAAUAUCAUCCAAGACAAAAAUUAUAGAUUUUAUCUGACAGAUUAAAAUAAAUCUCAGAAUACCAAUUUCAUUUUAAAAAUAAACUGAUCUCAAAUUACCGCCCAAGAAGUGCAGGUAACUAUUUUCAUUCAAGUUUUAUUUUUCAGUAUUAUUAACUUGUUUGUGAAGUUGCUUGGCAUAGGAUUCAUGGCCAUUUAUAUUUACUGUGUCCUCAUCAUGGCCAUAUAACUUUAUUGUUCAUAUUGAACUAAUGAAAUCAGUGAAUAUUGUGUCAUAUUCAAAUUGGACCUGUAAUUGUGCAUGGUACAAGUAAUCUGAAAUUACAAUUGAUAAAUGUAAUUUGUUAUGAUUGAUUAAAUUUACACUUCUACAGCACACCUUAGUCAACGUGUUAUACAUGUUGAUUUUUGAAGUCUUGUCAUUGUCAGUGUGGCUUUAAAGAGAAAUUCCAGUAGUUGCAGUAAACACUGAUUUCAUGAGAAAGUCUGUAAAACCAGGCUUAAUUGUCAGUAUAUCAUCGAGGAUCUAGAUCUGGUACAGUUACAUAAACUGAACUUUGUGAAAUCUUGAAAUCUACGCUGAAAAAUGUUCAGACUGAACUUCCCCAACACAGAUAAGCGCACGUGCCACGUGGGACUGUGUAUAAUUAUUGCUUUGAGCGUCGGGCCCGACGCUCUACCCGAAUCCUGUGCUUAUUUGCUGAUUUCUCAGCAAUUACACAAUUUCUUCCAGAAUCCUUUGGCACAUGCGUUUUAUUUAUACAAACAUACACUUUGGUGGUCAUUUCAUUGGAUUCUGUACGAACUCAUUUUGAUAUCGUUACCAAAACUAGCAUUUACCUUUAAUUUAAGUGUUUGAUAUUUGACUUGAAGGUGAAAAUCAAUUCAGAAGUGUGUUUUUAAUAGAAACAGAAAUAUGGUUUUAGAGUUUGUCGUUGAAUGUUUGAGCAAAUUUCAUAUUAGCCUACAAAAUAUCAUAUGAAGUUAGUGUCCAAAUUUGGAAAUUACAGUACAAUCUAUUAAGCACAAAUAAUCAUCUUUCUGAUGUGGGUUACCCUGCUGUUUUGUUUAAUGCCAAAAAAAAGUAUUCACUUUCUCUCCAGAUAUCAAAUAUUGUAAACAUAUUCACAAGUAUAGUUAUUCUUAUCUGAGAAUACACUAAAUUAGCAAGCAAAAUUAUGAAAUGUGUGUAUGAACCUAAUUGGUAAGUAGCUUACAAUAUUGAAUAUGCAAAGGGUUUUUACUGAAAACAUGUUUUAUGAGAAUUGAACAAGCUAGUGUGAAUUGUUCGAA